UCUGAAAGGAUAGAAAAACAUAUGUGGCUGUUACAAAAUUUGUUUAAAUCACAAAAACCAAUUAGUAUUAUACAAAACAAAAAACGACUCGAACUUAUCGCAUCGCAUCAAUAUGAUCUUCAGCCGUGGCAAGUUUUGAGAUCACCCCAGUUCGGGGGGUAAGCCCGCCCCGCACACUCUCACGCACUGAAUCGCUGCGAAAAGAGACGGACAGCCUUUGCCCGUAAACGGGAGACAGGGAAUAGAGCGUAAAGUAAAUAACAUAAAUAGCCAAAGAUAAAUAAAACAAUACAAACAGAAAACAUACAAAUAAUGUGUAACGUGCGUAUACUACAUACAUACAUACGUACAUCAAUUUUUAGUGUCCCGUUCCAUUGUUUGUGUGUGUGUGCGUGAGUGCAAGUAUUUGCUUAUUCUGGAGCUUUUCGACAGCUAAGCAUCAGCAGUGUCCAAAAACAAAGAGAAUUAACCCCUUCGGGAGCGGAAACUCGUGUGAUUUUUCGCCCCCGAUUGCGAGUUGAAACAUCAGCGCGAAGAGCCGCUCUCAUAAACAUUGGGCUAAUCAAGAUGGGCGGCCAGCCAGGGCGCUAAUUAGCCACACGGCAGCAAGAGUGCAAGAGAGACGGCGCAAGUGCAAUACAUACAUACAUACAUAUGUACCUAACUGUAAGAAUAUCGGAUCGAAAGCAGAGCUAAGCAAUGAGGAGCGUUCGGUCUCAGCAGAAUCAGCAGAAAGAGCAACACGCAGAGAACAAGAAACCAAAUCACAGCAUGAGUUUUUGCCACAACGCUGUCGGUCUGAUUCUUUUGGUGCUCACGGCCUGCUGCGGCGUGGGUGUGGGUGCGGUUGCGGCAGCUCCGGGCCCGGAGCACGAGUGUACCAGCAUCGACAUUCGCAAUGAGUGCAGCAAAAUGAACCUGCUGGACAACUGCACCGUGGUUACCGGCUACGUGAUGAUCACGCUCAUUGCCACCCAACCGUACUGCAACUACUCAACGUACAAGUUUCCGAAGCUGAAGGAAAUUACCGAAUUCAUGAUCUUCACGGAGGUGCGAGGCCUGACCCGCGUCGACGAAAUGUUUCCAAAUCUGACUGUCAUACGCGGCCGUCGGCUGUUUCUCAACUACGCCCUGGGAGUGACCAAUAUGCCGGACCUAGAAUACCUGGAGUUCCCCUCGCUGGUGGCAAUCCAACGUGGCCAUGUAUACAUUGGAAAUUGUCCCAAACUCUGUCAGCACGAAGGGGUUAAUUGGGAUCUUCUCACCCUUAGCCGGGGUGAGAAUCACAUCAUGGUUGGAUCCAGCAGGUGCAACACAAGUGUCUGCAGGGGAUGCGACUCUUCCUACUGCUGGUCAACGUUCAAGUGUCAGCGGUCCCAAAAUGACAAUGUCGCCCACUAUAAGGUAAAAGUUGACUACUGCCAUGACGAGUGUCUGGGGGGCUGUCACCAAAACGGAUCAGCAACCGCCUGCCAGAUCUGUCGCGGAAUCAGCGACGAAGGCGUCUGUGUGAAGAGGUGCCCGGAACGCAAGUAUCUCCUGGAGCAGUAUCAGCGCUGCUACACCCAGGAGGAGUGCGUGAAAAAGCACAACCACUUUACAUUCGUUUCUCAGUGCGUCGGCUUCUGUCCAAGUGGCUACAGGGCCAAUGAGAAGAACGAGUGCAUGCGCUGUGGACCGCAGGAGGCCUGUAUCAGUGUAUGUUCGCCCGAACCGUCAAGCAAUGCGAUCACCAUUUACAAUCUUGGGGACGCAGAGGAGCUCCGUGGCUGCCAGAUAGUCAAUGGAAGCCUGAUUAUAACCAUACGCAAUCAAGUGAACGAGACACAGCUGGUCCAGAGCCUGACCAGCAUUCGUGAAAUACGUGGACACCUUAAAGUAUAUCGAUCGUCCCAGCUUAGAAGCCUAAAAUUCCUUAGCAAUUUGGAGCGGAUUCAUGGAGAUCCUCUGGAGAAUCGCCACUACGCUCUUAUACUCUAUGACAACAAGCAACUGGGCGAACUUUGGAUGCCAGAGAGUAAGCUGGAGUUCGUGGAGGGUGGAAUGUUCAUGCAUCGCAACAACAAACUGUGCAACAAGCAUAUGAAGGAGUUCCAGGGUGUCGUGACUCAUGACAGGUCACUGGAUUCAUUGCAGACCAGCGACCAAGAGGUUCUCUGCAGUCCAUCAAAGCUGCUACUAUUUGUACAAAAACGCACACAUCGCACUGUGAAACUAAGCUGGCCUAAGUCCCAAACCAGCCAUGAGCUUGAAUUAGUCCACAGACCAUUGCCGCCAGGAGUAUUUUAUCCAGAGGAAAGCGAGCUGGAAGCUCCAGUAUGCAUACGCAUCAAUUGGCAGCGCCGCCUUCUCUUCCCCGAUGAGCUUUCCGAAAAUGGUACCCACUACUUCUUCGUUUUAGACAAGCUAGAGCCGGACACUCGGUACGCCUGCCUGCUACGAACUUUCGGAGGGGAUCUCAGCCAGGAGGCACGCAGCGAUCUGCUUUACGUGCAGACGGAACGGGACAUACCCCAGCCACCGCUACUGGAACUUGUAAGGAAAACGGAUAGUUCGCUGACAGUGCGUAUGAAGAGUCAUAAUCACCAUCACUAUAUGUUGACUGUAUAUGAGCUGGGAGAAGAUGAGGCUUACAUCGAUAGCCGCGAUUACUGCCACCAGCCGUCCUACUUGUGGCAAGAUAUGGAUGGCGGGCAAUGGCGAGCAUUUGAGGACUACGACGAUUGUUGCGCACACCAGGCGGAACAGGCAGACGAUCAUUACUUUAUUGCGGAGAUGCGAAAGCAGUAUCGGUGCAGCCUGGAUAACCAAGAUCAGUGUCACGAUUUGGACCAGGAGCAUGCCCCUCUGCUGAGGGUGCAACUACCCUUCAACACCUCGGAGUACGAACUCCGCCAGCUGCAGCGGUAUCGACUCUAUUCACUCCAGCUUCAGGCUUGCAGCGAUCUGGGAUGCAGUAGCCACACUACGCUCAACGAGCGCACCAACUACACACUGGGAGCGGACCUACUGACCCAAUUGACCGCCUGUCGUGUCCCAGACAGCAAAAAGUACAUCCUUCGCUUUGCCGAGCCCGUCCAGCCGAAUGGGCAGGUGGUCAGCUAUGUAGUACACUAUCGCAACAACCUGUCCGACAGCCAUAUGAGCUGCCUGACCAGGCUGCAGCACGCCACAGCCGAGUACGUGUACGCGGCGCAGCUGAACGUAUCCUUCAGCGAAUGCGCCGUCCGGGUGCAUUCCCUCGCAGGAGACGUGCUGACACCUUAUGUGGCAAUCACAUGGUGCAGUGAGCAGGAGCAAAUACUUCCCCACAGUAGACCGACAAAACAACUUAACACCUCGCUAGAAGUCUCACAGGUGAAAACAGCCUCGUCUCAUUCACGCGGCAUUAGCAUAUUUUUGGUUUGCUUCCUCUUCGGCUGCUCGCUGUCGCUAAUGUGGAUUUUGUACAAGCGCCGGUGCUGGAGAAAACUGCCUGGUCUCCGUUAUGUACCCGUGAGGGAGCAAUGGUUGCGAGAGCGCCAUCACACAGAAGAUCGCGAGAUCCUCGUAGAUGGCUUUGAAACAGUUCGUUUUCAGAACAACAACAACAGCAGCCCGGAUGAUUAUCGAAUGUAAGCCUAAAACAGAUAUUAAAUCUCAACUUACGAAUA